AUGUAUUAUCUAAAUUAUGAGGUAUUACGGAGUAGAUAUUAGCAAUUUACACAAUUCAACAUUCUCGACCAACUUGAACCAAUAUAUCAAUCUCUUAAGGUAAUAUACAAUAUUUUGAAUUAAUAAAGCUCUCCUUAGAGUCCAGAGAUAGAAAUACUUUCUUUUAGGAUAAGGUGCAACAAUAACCUGAUUGCUUCUAAGUUAAUCCUAUUUAUGGUUUUACAUAAUAAGCAAAUGAAUUAUAUGGUAGUUAUGGACAACCAACUUAACUUUGCUUCUAUAUGCAUCGUCAAAAGAGGUAUCUAAUGAUUGGCACUCAAUUAUCAGUGAUUAUCUGUAUUGAGAUUGUAAAUGGAAGAGUAGAAUCAAUCUAAGCUAUACUUAAUGCAGGUGAAAGAUAAGGAAGAUAUGGAUCUGUAUUAGCAAUUUAAUGUUGGGAGAAAUAUAUGUUAGUUGGUUUUGAGAGAGGAGAUAUUUAAUUAUAUGAAGUUGGUAGGAAAUGGGAACGUUUACAUCAUGAAUCUAAAUUACAUUCUGGUAAAGUAAUGUAAGUCUUAUUCAUACCAUCCUCUACUAUUGAAGCACUUUCCUUAGAUGAACAUGGUGUAAUCUACAAACAUGCAUUUACAGUAAUGACAGUCAUGGAUAAAUACAUAGUCAGUUAUUCAAAAGAUAAAAUCUAUAAGAAUGGCAAAAUCUAUCAUAUUAAAAGAAGCACUUAAUAACCAAAAUAAAAGUAAUCUUCUUGGUGGAAUAAUGCAAAAAGUAUAUUUAAAAAAGAAGAUGAAGUCACUGAACUAACAGAUCCAUCUGUUAAACAUUCAAGUGAUACAGAUGGAUAAUUAACUAAGUUUGCUUUAGAUAUUAAGUUGAUGCCUGAAGCUAUGACUUAAUAAUUAAAUCAAAAUAUAUAAUAAGUAGUUAUUGCUGCUAUAUUAUAUUCUAAUCGUGUUGAAAUACUUAAAUUCUAUAAAGGUAUUAUAAUAUUUAUUAAUUUAGGUUCAUUGAAAUGUGAAAUUGUAUAUACUUUAAAGAGAAAUACUUUUUCAAUUGAUAUUCCUUAAUAAGAUAAUACAGAAAGUGGAGAAUUAUCUUGGGGAGAAGGAUACUUUUAAAAAUCUUAUUAAAAUGCCAAAUUAUUAUGUAUAAGAUGGGGUGAUAUAUUUCAUUUAGUGAAAUGUAUGAAUAUAGAAGAUGAACUUGAAAUUGUUGAAGGGUAAUAUAAUUAAAUUAUUUAUUAAGUGCUGUUUAUAAGAUGGAAAAAGAGAAAGGUAAUAUAAUAAAGAGUUCAUUUUUAACAAAUAAUAUAAUUUAUGCAUUUUCAGAUUCAAGUUGGGUUGCUUUGAUUCAUACAACUUAAUUUCAAUUUGCCAAAUAAGAAGAUGGGAUAGUAAUUUUGGAACCAAAAACUAGAAUGUUAUCUAAAGAAGAUGUUGAACCUUAAGUGGCUGAAAUUUCUGUAUCAUAUGAAGGUCCUAGUAAACCUUGUUAAGUAUAAAUAUAUGAGAAUGGUAUUGUUUCAUUAAGAAAGAAUAAUAUUUUAAUAGAAAGAUUAUAAACUUGGAAUGAAUAUUUAGAUGAUUUGAUUGAAAAGAAUCAAUGGGAGAAAGCUAUGCAUUAAGGUAUGCUUAUAUAUCAAGGAUAAAUUAAAAUACUUAGUGAAAUUGCAUCAUCUCUAUCAGCACGUUCAGAAUAAAUGAGUCAAAUGUUUCAAAAGAUUGCUUUUACUCAUAUUAUGUUUGCUCUUAAACCAUUAGACAUUCCAUUAUCUUAAUAAGAAAAAGAAAAUAAAAUUAAAAAAACAAUAGAAUUUUUAUUAAGAGUUGAUAAUAUGUCAUAUGCUUUAGUUGUAUUAAAAGAUUUCUUUAAAGAUAUAUAAUAAAUGAAAUUGUAUUUCACUUGUUUAGAUCCCUUCAUUAAGAAUAAAUAAAUUGCUGCAAUUCCUGAAUCAUUCUUUAUUGAUUAUGUUAACUUUUAUUAAAAUGAAAAGGAAAUGAUAUAAUAAUUAAUAUUAUAAUUAGAUUUACAUCAAUAAGAACCAACUCUUCUUAUUAAGGUGUGUAUGGAUUAUCAUUUAUACAAAGCUAUGAUAUAUUUAUGUACUAAAUAAGGAGAUUUCAUAACUGGAUUAAUGAAAUUGAUGGAUCUUUGGGAAAAUAAAUGUUAAUCAGAAUAAAAAGAACAUUGUCAUAUAGAAAAAGAGAAAUUACGUCAAUUCAGAAUUAAAUUAGGAUAUAAUAUUUUAGCAUAUGUUCGUAUGUGUGUAAAAGGUAUCAAUAUUGUAGGAGAACGUGUUCCACAUAACAUUUAUUUUGAUAUGUUAAGAGGAUUAGUAUCUUUCAUUUUUAAUACAGAAAAUCUUAAAUAAUUUAUACUUAUUGACAUUCGUUUAUCACUUUAAUUACUCAUUCAAUUUAUGUAACAUCACAUUUAUGCUAAUAUUAAAUCAGCCACACUCCCAGGAGUUAAAUUUGACAUUAUUGAUCAUGUCCCUGAAAUCUUGAAAUUGAUGCUUAGUGCCAUAGAAAAUACUAGAUAAGAAAUCAAAACUUAAGAACAUUAUCAAAUUAUAUAUAAUGAUAAGACCUAACAAUAUCAUUAAAUUUCCUUGACUGAAUAACUUAAUCAUUUCUUGUUAUUCUACUCUUAAUUGUUGAUGUAAUUCCCAACUUAAUUCACUAAAUAAUUUAAAGAGAAUUUAUUUCUAGAACUUCUCUCUUCAUCCUAUUUUCAAACAUUGAAACAAUAUAACUUCAAUACCUAAGAAACUGAUCCUAUUUACUUAGAAUCCUAUGAAGUCAAUAAAAAUGCCUAUUUGAUUCACAUCUAUGAUACUAGUCAAUUGAAUGAUCUUACCAAUAUAUUCAAUGAAAGUGUACAUUAUCCUGAAUUUCAUGCUUUUCUUAUAUAUAGAUAAAAAGAUUAUCUAACUUGCAUUUCUAAUUAUUUUCUAAUGCAAAAUACUAUUAUGAAAAGAAAUGUUUUUGAAGUUAUUGAAAGACUCUUAAUUCAUUCUGAUGAGAAAUUUCUCCUAGAAUUAUAAGAAUAUAUUAUAGAUAAUUGUGAUGCAUUAAUGACUAUCAGUUAAUAAUAUACAAAUAGAAUUUUCAAAGAAUAUUUCCAUGAUGAAAAAUUGUAAAUGAAAAUCAUUUAGAAACUAGAGAAAACACCUUAAAAUUAAUUGCAUUAUCUUAAAUAAUAUAUCAAAAAUGAAAAAGCUUCUGAUUAAAUUAGAUUACUCUAUCUUGAACUCCUAUGUUAAAGAGCCCCUAAAGAAGUAUUAAAGGAUGUUUAGAAUGGAGAUUUCCCUUUAGAUGAUGCUAUGGCAAUUUGUGAAAAAUAUAAGGUUUAUAAUGCUGCAGCUUAUUUACUUUAAAAGAAUGGAGCAAUUUAAAAGGCUCUAGAUAUGUUGACAUUGCUCUUUAUCAAUAGAUUGAAAGAUUGUCAUAAAUCAUUUGCCAGAUCAAAAACCAUCUCAGAAGCUGAUUCUGAAGACAUAUUUGAAAAAUUAAAUUAUAUUAUUGAUCUUUGUUCAAAAAUAGAAGAUGAUAAUUAUUGGUUUUAAUUUUUAGACUCUUUUUUUAAAUAGCAUAAAUUAGAAUAAUUGACUGAUAUUAAAGUUCCAGAAUCCUUAAGAAAAUUGCAUGGAGACAUUGUAUCAGAAGUAUUCUUAGCCAUGUCUAAAUGUAUAGAAUUAGAGAAACUAUUGAAUGUAAUAUUUACAUUAUAUCUAGAAAAUGAAUUAACAUUAUGGUUCUAUCCCAUUAAGAGUAUUUCUUAAGACCAAUAAAUCUAUUUAAGAGAAAUUCGCCUUUGAAUUACCUUCUUACAAUAUUGCUAUGAGAUAGACUGAUGUCACUUACAAAACUUUAAACAAAAAACUCUUCUAAUAAAUGAAUUAAGGAGUAUGUGUAGAUAGAUUUUGUGGAGAAUGCAAUGAUAGAAUCACUAAAUGUACUAAAGCUGUUGCUUUUUAAUGUGGACAUAGUUACCAUUAAGAAUGUUAUAUUGAACUCCAUGGCAAUAAUUAGAAGAGUUUUAAUAGUUUGAAGUUAAAAAAUUAAAAAGUUUUUUAAGAAUGCUUUAUUUGUUUAGAAAAUAAUGAAAAAUACAGUAAUUAUAUAUUCAUUCUAGUUGCACAUCUGAUUAUUUAGGCUAGUUUGAGGAAAUAGAAAUUAGAUUUUGAUAAACAUCUACAUAGAUAAGCUAAUGUAGUACCUGAAUCAAAGCAAGUUAUUGUACAAUACAAUAAAAUAGAGAAAAGAGAAAAGGCUAUAAAGAAAUUAAAAUAGGAUGAUUUUAACAAAAUGUAUAUAAGAGAGGUAUAGAUUAAUUUAAUUUAUUAGUCUUCAUUAAAUUGGAAGAAUUGGUGAA